AAGAGAGAGAAGGAUAUAAAAACAUUUUAAAGAGAGAGAGAGAAUUGCGAAUAAUAAUAUCUUGCAUCCUGCGAAACCCUAAAUACCCAAAUGUCAUUUGCCGAGGAGUUUGAAUCUAAUCUUGUGUCACUAGCCCAUGUUUUGCAGAAGAAAUAUGCACUCCUCCGUGAUUUGGAUAAAAGUUUGCAAGAAAAUCAAAGGCAAAAUGAACAACGGUGUGAAAAAGAGAUAGAGGACAUAAGAAGAGGCAGAAGUGGAAAUAAUGUCACACCCAAUACACACUUCUCCGAGGAAGCAAUUGAUGAACAGAAGCACAGUGUCAGGAUUGCUGAUGAGAAAGUCGCUUUGGCUAUGCAGGCUUAUGAUCUGGUGGAUAUGCAUGUUCAGCAACUUGACCAGUUUAUGAAAAAAUCCAAUGAGGAGAUGCGACGAGAGAAAGAAAAUGCUGCUGCAUCAAACCUCGAGAACAGCGGGGAGGCAGGGAAGGCAGGUGAAGGUAGAAGAGGGGGGCGAAAGAAUUGUGGCAGGACAAGGCUAGCAACAGCAGCAGUAGCAUCAGCAUCAGCAUCAACAGGUAUGACUUCAACUGGUAUGGAUUUGGAUCUGCCUGUGGAUCCAAACGAACCAACUUACUGCCUCUGCAACCAAGUUAGCUAUGGCGAGAUGAUUGCCUGCGAUAACAAUGAGUGUAAGAUUGAGUGGUUCCAUUUUGGUUGCGUGGGGCUGAAAGAUCAACCCAAAGGAAAAUGGUACUGUCCGGAUUGUGCUACAGUCAAGAAAAGCAGGAAAGGCCGAUGAUUUUGAAUCUGCAUAGCUCUUGUGUUUCGGUUUAAAACGGUCUAGUAGUUGUAUAUCUACUUCCAUGUAAGCCAUUGACAUUGAAUAGUGCUAUAUAUAUAUAAGACCUUCCAUUCCAAUAAACACAAGAUAAGAUAUAAAGUACUAGUUAAAGAC